CGCUGUGCUGCUGAUGAUGAUGAUGAGGAGGAGGACGAUGAUGAUGCAGGGGAGAGUCCAUCCACAGCCUGCAGUGCUGCGAUGGGGGGCUGCUGCUUCAUUCCAGAUCGAAUCCAUUUUUAGCGAAACCUCCGAGGAACAACACAUUCAUUGAAAGGGCUGGGCUCCUGCAGGCAGGAGGUGAAACGACUCCUAGUGCGCGUCUUUGCACUGAGAUGGAGUAAGGUGUUUACACAUUUUCUGUGACCAUCUACACAAUUGCUGGAGAUGCCUAUAGGACGACUGUAGUAUCUUGGAUCCACAAAGUAAGAGACACUCUCCAAUAUCUGGCACUGUUUAUUCAAGCAAGUUACUCCGGUAGUUACAUGAUCACUCUAGUCUGUUCUAGCAUAAGUCUGUAUUACUAUCAUAGCUAUGUAAUCAUCAAAGGUUCUGAAAUCAAAGGUGGCCUUUAAAUCAAUUCAUUCUCCAUUUAUUCUCCAUGUGAGGUUGUGCUUACGCUGAUGGUCAAAUUUGACUAACUGAAUCUGCAUGUUUUUAGACUGUGGGAGAAAAUCUGAGUAUGCGGAGGGAGAGACACACACACACACACAUGCUCGUCAGUGAUUACCAGGAGGAGCAUCCUCAGGAGAAUGCUAGUCUACACUAUUUCAUGGUUAUUUUCUUUUAACAUUUAAAAUAAAUAUAUGUCAUUAGAAUUGUAUUUUUCAAUCAGCUUUUUUUGUAUUUAGCAGUUGUUCUGUGGGCCUAUAGUAUUUCUUAGACAGGGAAAUCUCCACCCCUGCACAUAAAUAUAUCUCAGCCCCAAAAGUCCACCCACCUCACGUUGUGUCACACACACAGGACACACACACACAUCACGUCAUGUAUCAUAGUUAUCAGUAUCUCAAAAGCUUUUGUGCUUUGGUUCAUCACAUCUGUGAGGAUUUAGAAUGCGGUCUGUGAGGAAGACAGUGUUGCUUGCUAUUUUAGUGUCUGUGGUGCUGGUGCUGGCCCUCCUUCAUUCAUGGCCCACCCGGACCUACACCACCGUGGAUGUGUGGCAGCGUCCAGUUCCAUUAUUGGACAGGCGUCUGGAGGAAAGGCUCUCAGACGUAGACCGCCAAUUGGGCAACAUCCCCUUUCAUGUGAGGGAUAAUGUGGCGAUUUUGUUGGCUCAAAAUGGGUGCGUCUGUGAGGGUGAGCGUGGAGGAGUUAAUCUGCCCUUUGCCCAGCUCUUAUUCCCGCGGGUGUCAGCUCAACCGCUGCACACUGCCUUUGAGGCCUCAGAGCUGGAGGAAAUAAAAAGGAGACGGGCAAAAGAGUACGACAGUUUCCAGAAGAGAUCACAGACACCAGCAGAUGUUCUCAUGGUGGCAGAGGCUAACAAUCCCUUACAGUAUCCAACACAAGGGGUGGAGGUACGGCCCCUAAAAACAAUCAUCAUCCCAGGCUUGGCCUUACAUGACCUUCACAGGGACCAUCACUCAAUAAACAUCACCACUACACUGGGGACACUGAACGUAGCAGCAGAGGUAGACGGGGUGAAAGUCAAAGGCGAUGGUGAGAUGCACAUGAGUGUGUCGAGCAGCCUCCUGCCCAACCUGAACCGACAGCUGCAGUUUGUCACCUACACAAACACGCUGUUUCACCCCAGCACCGCUGACACAGUGCAGAUUGAGACAGAGGGGCAUCAAGCUGCCUUCACUAUCAAGAUCCAUCACGGUGUAACACCUAAACUGUAUAACACCGGAUCUAAAGGAGACUACAAUAUCAGCGCUCUUGUUACCAUAGCUACAAAGACUUUUCUGCGCUACGAUAAGCUCCAAGAUCUUAUCGACAGCAUCAGAAAAUAUUAUCCUACUGUCACUAUAAUAAUCGCUGAUGACAGCGAAAAUCCCCAAACCAUCUCUGGGUCUCACAUCGAACACUACAUCAUGCCUUUUGGAAAGGGUUGGUUUGCCGGACGGAACCUGGCCAUUUCCCAGGUGACCACAAAGUACGUGCUGUGGGUGGAUGACGACUUCAUCUUCUCUGCCAACACAAAGCUGGAGAAGCUGGUGGACGUUUUGGAGAGGACCACUCUGGAUCUGGUUGGCGGCGCAGUGCGUGAGGCCACGGGCUACACUUCAACUUACAGACAGACCAUUUCCAUUGAGCCUGGGGAGGAGGACGGAGACUGUUUACACAUGAGGAGAGGAUUUCAUCACAUCAUCCAAGGCUUCCCCAACUGUGUCGUCACUGACGGGGUCAUCAACUUCUUUCUGGCUCGCACUGACAAAGUCCAGCAAGUCGGUUUCGACCCGCGCCUCGCCAGGGUAGCUCACAUGGAAUUUUUCAUCGAUGGUCUGGGAUCCCUGCACGUGGGCUCCUGUGAUGAUGUCAUUAUCAAUCAUGCAACCAAAAUCAAACUUCCCUGGGUCGGCCAGUCCAACAGUGACAAGACUUACGCCAAGUUCCGUUACCCGCUGGCUUCCUCUGAUGCCACGCAAACAAAAAAUGGCCUCCUGUUCUUCAAGAACCGAUUUCAGUGUUUGACUCAUAAUUAGCUGCUCGUCUCCUCUUCAUCCUGAGGUCCCUCUGCUCUUCUUGGGUCGCCAAAGAAGUUCUCCUCCACUGCGUCUCAGCAGAUAAGAUUUCGGACAAAUGUUUUUGAUCGCCUCUUUUUGAAAGCCUUUACACGCUUCCCUCCGUCGGAUUGCAGCUCCAUGGGAAGCUGGUUGAUCCUUUUACAAAGGGAAUGUUGACCGUAUUUAGAGUGGCGUGCUUGAGCGGUAAAACGAGAAAGAGUACUCUUCUGUUUUCACAGUCUGUUUUCACAGUCAUAAUAGAAUUCAUUCAAGUCAUACAAGGAGUACGCCUUGUGUUCGUCAAAUCUUAUUUGGCCUUACUCCCUAAAGAUGUUUUUGGAAAACGCAACAGGUAGCAUUUUGUGAUCCUAUCAGAAGAGUUAUGGGUCCACUUUCAGUUUGCACUAUGAAAAAAAAACUGAGACUGGAAAAGCAAUAGUGAUCUGGUCAGAGAAGAAGGACUCCCAUGGACACUUUCUAGAAAGUGACAAUAAUGUAGACACAGAGCAUGGGUUUCUUUUUACCAAUGCUACAUGGAAAAAACUAAAAGCUUGUCACAUUUGCCAAAAGUGUUUUUAUCUCAUUUUACCAGAAUCCUUUGUGUUCUCUGCGAGGGAUAAAUCACGUGUGAAUAAGAGUGAACUACUUGUUCCCAUUGAUCUGGAGUCACACUUCAUGUCACCUGCACUUGUUUUGUUUGUUGAAGAAAGUGGACAGAGGAGGAGGAGGCGUUUGUGUCUGGUGUACACCAACCAAUAACAACAAGUGACUGCAUCUUUACAUGCUGCCUAAAAGAGAAGUUGGAUGAACCAAAGUGCAUGUUUCUUUCUGUCAUAAAAACAAGGAAAGCGGGUGUAUGAAGACAAUUAUAAGUCACAUCUACUGAUGAAAACAUCAAAGAAGAAGAAGACUGUGAUGGACCCGGGCUUGAAAAUCCUGUUUUGGUAAAAACAGCUGCUGUGAUAUUCGCGCCUGAACUGACGACAGUGUUCUUUUAUACCAUGGCCUUUAGAUGGCCGCCUUGUAUCACACUAUUUUUUUUCCUUUAAAAACAAUUUUUAACAGCAACAUUUGUUAUUAGCAAAGAGGUGCCAGAGAUUUAUAAAGUGUUUUUUUUAAAUCUUCAGAGGAAUAUUUUAAUGAUGUUGUGUGAUUUUUUGUUUGUUUAUCUCUGUGGACAUCAUCGAAAUGUUAAUUUAAAACAGCUUUUGUGCAGUAGUGUGUUC